AGAUGUUAUUCAGAACAUGACUGGUCGCAAUAUUUGCACAAUUAUUCAAAAGUAAUACAGAAAGCAUUUAAGAAUGUCGGGAAAGAACUUCGAUGAUGUUAUUAAACGAAAAUUGGCAAAAUUGGAGGAGAUACGCCAGGAAAGAAAACAACUGGAGGUCUUAAAAUCUGCACGCGAUGCUGAAAAAGCGAAAGAAAAAUAUAUUAAAAAAAUCAAGUCGUUUGUUGAUUUUGAUAAAAUAUGUGAAGAAACGUUGAGAUUAACACCACAGAUAGAAAACCCCACAGUGUCUAGUUCCAAGAAAAAAGAAAACGAAAAUAUACAAAUUCUCAAGGACAACGUUGAAACGCCUAAAAGAGACAUAUCGGAAAAACUUUCCAAGUUAACAGUAUUCCACACAGAAAUUACGGACAUUCAGCCUCGAGAUAUACUCACAUCUACUAAGUCAACUCAAACUAAAAAUAGCAAUGCUUGUCUCCAACGUUUAGUUAUUAAAAAUAUUGAAGAUAGCCACGAUGAUGACAUAUUAGAGGGAGGAUUCAAAUCAAAAUUACCACCCGGUUGUAUGUCACCAGGUUUGCCAAAGGUUGAAUUUGUGCUGCCAGCCAUAACUCGUUUAGAGAGCAUAAUUGAAGAGCGUAAAGCCGUUACAGAAUUAACAGAAGAAGAAAAGUUAGCAUUUAUUUCCAAUACUAAUUUUCAAAAUGCAUUAAAGCGCAUAGGUAGUGUAGUCGAAAAUGUAGUUGCCAAUAAUAGAGAUAUAACAAAGGACUAUACGAGACCUAACACCAGCAUUGAUGAUGCCGACGAUGUGUCAUGUUCAGGAGUAUUAUUAAAUGUCAUGUUUGAGUGUGAACUUACAACCAAUCGUUGUAUAACCGACAUGGAUUGGUCGCCUUUUGUAGCUGAUCGAAUUGUCGCAUCCUAUCAUUCCAAUGUGAAUGAACCCUUAGCACCAGAGGGUAUGACACUGGUGUGGAAUGCAUCUUUUGGCAAAACAUAUCCGGAAUACAUAAUGCAUUCUUCCAGUGCAGUUAUGUCAAUUUGUUUCGAUAACUUCGAUCCAAACAUUAUUAUUGGUGGAACCUAUUCAGGACAAAUUGUCAUGUGGGAUACACGUUCGCCGAAAUCAAUUCCAAUACAAACAACCAAAUUGAAUAGCGGAGCUCAUGUACAACCCAUUCGAUCUUUAAAUAUUAAUUCUCAUAAUAUUUAUUCAAUUUCAUCUGAUGGUCGUUUCUGUACUUGGAACAUGGAUAUGCUGUCUAAGCCGAUUGAUGUUUUCACAUUAGGAACCAAACAAAAACGUCCCAUUGCAGCAACCUGCAUGACGUUUACAGACAUUGAAUAUAACGACUUCCUUGUGGGUGGUGAAGAUGGAUGUGUGUACAAAGCUAAUCGUUUCGAUGCAAAUGCCGGCAUCAAGGCUAAAUAUGAACAACACGAUUGUCCAAUAAGUGGAAUAUCGAUGUCGCACUCAUCAGCCUCAGAAUUUAAUCACUUGUUUUUAACAUCAUCUAUUGAUUCGACCAUAAAAUUGUGGUCAUUACAUAGUGAAAACCCAUUACAUACCAUUUAUAAUAACUUCGAUUAUGUCAUGGAUAUAUCAUGGUGUCCAACAAAUCCUGCUCUAUUUGGCACUGUAAAUGAAAGUGGUCAUAUUGAUUUAUGGAAUAUAAAUAUGGACUCUGAGGAACCUAUUGUAUCUACUAUUGUAGAUGGUCAACCAGCUCUUAAUCGUUUUUCAUGGAUGCCAAAUGCUAAACAUAUUGCAGUUGGUGAUUUAGAUGGAAGGCUGUAUCUGUAUGAGGCAGACAAUAGAUUAACACAGCCUGUUCACAAUGAAAACUCUGCGCUUAUUGAAACCUUGGAUAUGUUAAGGCAAAAAAGUUUAAUAAGAGACUAGAGUCUCCAAAUGCCAUAUUCUAUUUUACUUUCUUGAGCGCAGUAGGGCGUAUCGAUAAAAUUUAAAUUUAAGAAGCCUCAGAUAUUUUUGGGAGUAUAUUGAGCAUAUACAUUUUUA